AUGUCUUCCAUCAUAGUUUCAUGUGUCCUGCUCGACAAACGACGCCAUGCCACGACUCAGAGCAUCAGUGUCUCAUUUAAUGGCGAGCACAAACUGACAACUACCUUCUUUAUUCUUGGAUUUCAUCAUCUGGAUUCUUUUUCUCAAAGCAAUAUUAAUACAUAUAAAGAGGACAGCAUGACCACAAAGGAGAAGAAGGGUCAUGCAUACACUUUGGUAUUAAUGGUGACCUCUACAGCUAUUGGGGGAACUCUACAAUAUGGAUACAACCUGGCCAUAAUGAAUGCACCGACUGUUUUCAUUCAAAACUUUGUCAAUGAGACAUUUCUGGAGCGAUGGGGAAUACAGUUGGGGGUUUACGAGCUCACGCUGAUAUGGACCUUUAUUGUUUCCAGUUUCUCAUUGGGAGGCUUUAUUGGGGCCCUGAUAGCAGGGCCAAUGUCAGUACGUUUCGGGAGGAAGAAGACUAUGUUGCUGAACAAUGUCUUUCUCUUAUCAAGUUCAUUGCUUGCAUUGUUAAGCCGAACAGCAAAGUCAUUUGAGAUGAUUAUCAUCUCCAGAUUUUUGGUUGGCAUAAAUGCAGGCAUCAGUAUGAAUGUACAGCCCAUGUAUUUUGGUGAGAGUGCACCGAAGCACUUACGAGGGGCUGUGUCCCUGUCCUCAGCUGUCUUCACUUCUUUUGGUCUGGUGUUGGGACAGGUGGUCAGUCUGAAAGAGUUGUUAGGUAGUGAGCCGUGUUGGCAGUACUUAUUGGCUAGUAAUGCUAUCCCAGGCUUCAUCCAACUCCUCACCUUGCCAUGGUUUCCAGAAAGUCCCCGUUACCUCCUCAUUGACUGUGGAGACAAAGAGGCCUGCCUAAUGGCACUGCAGCGUCUGCGAGGCUGUGAGGUGCAGAGAGAAGAGCUGGAUGAGAUUCUGCAGGAACAGAAUGAAACAAAGGGAGAACGUGCCAAACAGCCAUGGGAGCUCUUUACUGACCGCAGAGUCCGCUGGCAGCUCAUCACUGUGGCGGUCCUGAGCAGUGCCAUGCAACUGUGUGGUAAUGACUCGAUUUACUUCUAUGCAUCAUAUGUGUUCCAAGAAGCGGGUAUAUCUGCAGGACAGAUACAAUAUAUGGCCAUUGGCACCGGGAUGUGUGAAUUCACCGCUUGCAUUCUAUGUAACCUGUUGAUAGAAAGGUUGGGUAGGAGGCUGAUGUUGAUGGGUGGCUAUGUUCUCAUGACAGGAUGGGCUAUAGUCUUUACUCUGGCUCUUUCACUUGAGAAUAUGGUUAGCUGGAUGCCUUACCUGAGCAUGACCUGCAUCUUCACCUACAUUCUCAGCUUUGGCAUGGGACCAGCUGGGGUGACUGGAAUCCUCCCAACAGAGAUUUUUAACCAAACAUCACGUCCUGCCGCCUACAUGACCGCUGGCUCUCUAAUGUGGCUUAACCUUUUCAUUAUCGGGAUGAUCUUCCCUUUCCUUGUGAGCGGUUUAGGGCAGUAUUGCUUUGUGCCAUUUGGGGCUGUGUGCCUCUUGACUGCUUUAUAUAUUCAGAUGGUUCUACCUGAAACCAAGGGAAAGACCCUAUCGAUGAUCACUAAAGAGUUUUACAGACUCAACUACCAUGGACAGGUGAAGAUGGAUAUAGAAGGAAAACAAGCUCAGUACCAACUAGGGGAAAUCUUUCACUCCACUGCCUUAUAGAGUGUUAAAUUCUCACAAACUAAAUUAAUAUUUUUAGAAAAAUAUCUUUAAAACGAUGCCUUAACUGUUCUUCAUCGUGCAGUAAGUUUACAUCUUU